AUGGCCUCAUUCUUCACUUCGCUGACCGGCAGUGCGGUCGAGGUGGACGUGCGGCUGGCAGACGAGGACGACCGGCAGUCUGUCGAGGUGAAGACGGAUCAGGGUGCAAAGGGCAGCAAAGGUGAUGCGCUCGCUGGGAGGGAACGGUGUCCGGUCUAUCUGGAUGGCGAGAGUGUCAAAGGGCAGGUCCUCGUGCGGGUAAAGGACAGGAAGGGCGUCAAGCAUGACGGCAUCAAGGUCGAGUUUGUCGGGAGCAUCGAACUCUUCUACGACCGCGGCAACCACUACGAGUUCCUCUCCCUUGUCCAGGAGCUCGCGAACCCUGGCGAGAUGCGGACAGCGCAGGCGUUCGACUUCGAGUUCAAGAACGUCGAGAAGCAGUACGAGAGCUAUCACGGCAUCAACGUCAAGCUGAGAUACUUCAUCCGCGUCACCGUCUCGCGAAGAAUGGCCGACGUCGUGCGAGAGAAGGAGAUCUGGGUGCACUCGUACCGCAUGCCGCCCGACAUUGUCAACUCGAUCAAGAUGGAGGUCGGCAUCGAGGAUUGCCUGCACAUCGAGUUCGAGUACAACAAGGCCAAAUACCACCUCAAGGACGUGAUCAUUGGGAAGAUCUACUUCCUGCUUGUGCGGAUCAAGAUCAAGCACAUGGAGCUGAGCAUUAUCCGACGAGAGACGACGGGAGCAGCGCCCAAUCAGUACAACGAGAGCGAGACGAUCACCAAGUUUGAGAUCAUGGACGGCGCUCCCGUGCGAGGCGAGACGAUCCCGAUUCGACUGUUCCUCGGCGGCUUCGAGCUCACUCCGACCUUCCGCGACGUCAACAAGAAGUUCUCUACGCGGUACUACCUCAACCUGGUCUUGAUCGACGAGGAGAACCGGCGGUACUUCAAACAACAAGAGAUCACGCUGUACCGCAACCGGGAAGGCAUCGAAGGCCUCCCUCCCGCCGCCCCUCCCGCUCAAGCGCAUGCCGAUUUUGCCCAAGUCGCCGCCGCUUCUCCGUCCGCCUCCCAAGCCGCUCUUCCGCCUCGUCCGUCACAACAGCCGUUCGAGCAGUACCAGCCGCGACAGCCCGAGUCGCCCGCGUUGCCGCCCCCUCCAGCGGGCGAGGAGGUGCAGACGGAGGCGUAG